CUUACAUUAUUUUGAAAACGAGAAAACAGAACCCAUAUUUCUGGAUUGUGAAGCAGAGACACAGCAAACCAAAAUCUAACAAAUAAAACAAAAAUUUAGCCUUUUUAUUUCCUUCCUCGAUUUCCAUUUCCGGGUUACAAUUCUGUAAUGUUUUCGGUCGUAUUGGUCAUCAAUAAUGUCGACGAUUUAGCUUCAGUUAGUUUUGCUAUGAUCUGUUCUUCUUAGUUGUUUCAUCGUCAACAAUCAACUGAUCUUAUGUUAUUUUCCAUUGCAUUUGUAUCCGUAAAUGUAUGGUGGUAGUAUGUUAUCUAAUGGUACUGCUCAUAUGAAAACUUUUAGUCCAUGGAAGUUAUGUCUCUAACUUAAAACAAGACAUUCGUUUUAAGCAUAUCUCACUCAAUUUCUCAUAAAGCGUGCUUUCCUUAAACACCUAAAAGCCCGUCGUAUAUACAGGCAACCGGAUUAUUGAAUUUUUCUGAAAAUAGAAUAAAGUGCCACAUUUGGUCGUUGAAAUUAGAAUUAUUGUCAAUUUGGGAUAGCAAUGGCUCCUGGGGGAAGUGCCUGCAAAGAGGUUCUUGAAUCCCAUCCUGCAACUUUGGAUUACGACAUUAAAACAGAAAAAUCAGAGAAUAAUAAUACAACCAAAGGUUCGGGUGGAAAGCAAGGAGUUUAUUCGAACAAUGGCGUGCAUGAGCUCCUUGAGUGCCCUGUCUGCACAAAUUUAAUGUACCCUCCCAUUCAUCAGUGCCCAAAUGGACACACACUAUGCUCGAACUGCAAGAUAAGAGUGCACAAUUGUUGCCCUACUUGUCGCUAUGAUCUUGGAAAUAUUAGGUGUUUAGCUUUGGAGAAAGUUGCAGAAUCACUAGAAUUACCCUGCAAGUACCAGGACUUGGGCUGUCAUGACAUAUUUCCAUACUAUGGAAAACUCAAGCAUGAGCAACAUUGUCGAUUCCGUCCGUACAAUUGCCCAUAUGCUGGUUCUGAGUGCUCAAUCACAGGUGACAUCCCAGCCCUUGUUGCACAUCUCAAGGAUGAUCACAAGGUUGACAUGCAUGAUGGUAGUACCUUCAAUCAUCGUUAUGUCAAAUCAAAUCCGCAUGAAGUUGAAAAUGCCACAUGGAUGCUUACUAUCUUCAAUUGUUUUGGAAGACAAUUCUGCUUGCAUUUUGAGGCUUUCCAGCUGGGUAUGGCACCAGUAUAUAUGGCCUUCUUACGUUUUAUGGGUGAUGACAAUGAAGCGAAGAAAUUUAGUUACAGCUUAGAAGUUGGAGGGAAUGGCCGCAAGCUGAUAUGGCAGGGAAUUCCGAGGAGCAUACGUGACAGUCAUAGGAAAGUUCGUGAUAGCCAGGACGGACUCAUUAUUCAGAGGAGUUUGGCUCUCUAUUUUUCUGGCGGGGAUAGGCAAGAGCUGAAGUUGAGGAUUACUGGCCGUAUCUGGAAAGAAGAAUGAGAUGGGGAAAGAUAUCGAGUCUGUUGUACAGUUUGCAAAAUUUACUACAUGCAAGGUUUUCUCCACGUAGCAAAGGAAUGAAGCUCCAGCGAUUCUGAUGUGGUUUUUGUUGCCUUUUACGGUAUUUAUGGUGGGGCUAUGUCUUCUGCAGUUCUACUCUAUUGUCAGCUCAGUGCUCUAUGGGGCAGAUUUCAGUCAAAAGUGUUGGAAUUGGAAAGUCAGCAGCUAAGAGAUGUAUGCAGAAAAUUGCAUAAUUUGCUGCUUGCACGCGUUAAUCGUCUUAUUAAAUCUGAUUAUUCUGUUUUGUUUUUGUUUUUAUGUACCAUAUGCCUUGAUUGAAUGAAGAAAUAAAGAUCUAAAUCUUUCUUGCA